CAAUGCCAAUCAGAUGUAAACAAUUAUAUACUAAGCUUCCGCUAAAGCUUGUGCUAAAUAAUCACAUGACAUUGAUAUGAAAAAGAUUGAGUUUAUCAUACUUUGUUAAUUGAACUAAGGAGGUGUUAUUAGGUGUUUAACAGGGUCAAAUGUUUUCUCAUCAGCUUUAGACCAAUACAUAACUUACAACGGAAUAAGUGUUACGUAAACCAUGAACGUUAUAAUAUGACUGAGUUACAAAAUGGAAAUGGACAAGAGUUCCAUUCAGUAUCAGCAUCGGGGGAGAAGAGAGAGCAUUUAUACAAAGUGUUGGUGAUCGGUGAUUUAGGUGUCGGGAAGACGAGUGUCAUUAAGCGAUAUGUUCAUCAAUUCUUUUCUCAACAUUACAGAGCUACAAUUGGAGUGGAUUUUGCGCUUAAAGUUAUCAACUGGGAUGCAGACACAUUGAUUCGCUUACAAUUAUGGGAUAUUGCAGGGCAAGAGAGGUUUGGAAACAUGACUCGUGUGUAUUAUAAGGAGGCUGUCGGAGCAUUUAUAGUCUUUGACGUGACAAGAGUGUCUACAUUUGAAGCUGUUGCCAAGUGGAAGAACGAUUUGGAUAGCAAAGUUCAACUUCCAAAUGGUAGUAAUAUACCUGUUGUAUUACUAGCAAACAAGUGUGACCAAGCAAAAGAAGGUUUAGUGCAAAACAAUUCUCAAAUGGAUGAAUAUUGUAAAGAUAAAGGUUUCAUUGGAUGGUUUGAAACAUCAGCUAAAGAAAACAUCAACAUAGAUGAAGCUGCAAGGUUUUUAGUUACAUCAAUUCUUACAAAUGAUAAAGAGAAUCCUGUAGAUAGAGAUCAAGACAAAGACAAGAUUGACCUUGAUGCUCAUGAUGCAGGAGAAUCAGAAGGAAAGGGAUCGUGUUGUUAACUACAUAUUAACACUCUAUCAUCUGAACCCAUUCCUUCUCAUUCUGUAUGCGAGGAGUCACAAGACAGCAAUACUCAAUUUGACAUUUUAACUUCAUCAAAACAGGAUAGAAUCCAGAUCUUUUUGAUUCAAACUUUCAACACGAUAUGUGUUGAUGUCAAACAAAUAAUAUAUUUAAAUUCAAAAAUAAUUAAUCAAUAUAAAGUUAGAAACAGCUAAAUAAUUAAGCAAGAUCAAUUUAAUAAUUUAGUUUUCGAACUGUUGUAAAUAAUUUAAAUUUCUUAAAUUUUCUUUGAGGAUUUUUAUAAUUUAUUUGGCAACUAAAUUCAAACAAUUUAUCGUUCUUUCUUGUUUGAAAUAGUUUACUGUUUGUUUUUGUGGUAACAAAAAGUCAUGUUUAUAUUUUCAUUUAUUAUUACACUAUUGUAUUUUAUUGCAUUUGAUACAAAGUUAUUGUGGCUGAUAAAAUUUGACAAUCUAUUUCUAUAAAAUGUUUUCUUAAAAUAGCAACCUUUUGUUUGUAAACUAUGUAACUAUCCACUAUUCGAUUUAUAGGGAAUCAUAAUAAAAACCUUUAUAAUGUUUCUCUUACCUUUACCAUGUUUGUAAUAAUAAUAAUAGUUGGAUUUGUAGAGCGCAUCAUGCGAAAAAGCCUCUAUGCUUGUAUUUUGUGUUUAUGUUGUAAAUAGCUUACCAAUGAAGCUAUUACACAGUAUCGGUUCCUGUUCCUUGUCGUUUACAUUCUAUGGACAUAAAAUGUUAAAUACAGUACAAAGAACCUCCAUAGUUACCGUAAGUAUUUGAAAUUAAUGAAGGUUUAUUUUACUUGGUAGUAACACCAGUAUUAUUACACAUUCAGAUAUUUUUUAUGGAAAUCAAAUCAUGAAUACUUAACUCUUAAAUAUUGUAGGAUUGAUGUUUUGCUCUAACGUGUUAAUAUUGUACCGAAUGCUCUUAUAUAUCAGUAAAACUACUGUAUCCUCUAGCGAAUAUCAGCAAUAGAGUAUUAUUAGACUACUUCUGUAUAUUCAAAGCAUUACUUAAAUAAAGAAAACUGAAAGAAAAAAGGACAAGGUAAUAUAAUUGUUUGAUCAAAGGCUGAUCCAUAUGAAUUUGUAUUAUUUUGCUAUACAAAAUCUUUACCAUAAUUGUGCACAAAUUAGUGUAAAAUUUAAGAAUAUUUGGAAGGCAUUGCAAAUGAACUACUGUAUAAUCAUACAAUAGUCUUUCAAGAAAAUAUAGGUAUUUCUAAUUACAAUUUGAUUGGGCAAUCAUACAUGUAAAUAAAAUUUAUUAUAAAAACAUUGCCUAACAUUUUCUGUUGAUUUUGUAUUCUGGCAACAGAUUCUCAAAUAUGAUGCAGAGAAUGGAUUUAAAAUUGUCAUUUGUUUAUUGUUUGUGAACAAAUAUAGCAUUGGUAUCAUUGGAUUGUAAUCCAGUUCCUUUGCAUUGUGCUGCAGAAGCAAGUUUUUGGCACAUUCUCUACCAUCUUAUUAUUUCCUGCUAGCGCUCCACCCCCCUCAAUUUAUCAUCAAGCCCUCCACAAUACCCCUAGAUUUCCAUGUAUCAAAUGAAAGGGUAAAAAAAUCGCUUUAAAUCUUUCUUUCUGAAAUGAAUGCGUGCUAUAUUAGAAAACCAGAUCGUUUUUAAUUUGUUAUGUAAUAUACUUAUAUAGUGGAUUCCAAUAAUGCCUCAAAAGCAGACACAAACAUGAGUCAAUGACGUGUCGCGCAACUGACCAGCGUAUUGUUGAGGGAGUGCUCACACAGAGUACAGACAAAUCUGUAAGCCAGUGUAGAGUGUGCCAGUGUGUACUUUAAGGUAUACUCUUUGAGCUAAUAAACUUUUAAAAUCUGA